AUGGACGCCGGGUCUCCCACCACCACUAACAGUCGAAAGGAAGACACCGACAAGAUGAUCCGUGCUUGUGCUGAAGCUUGCGGGGUUGGCCGUCAGAUCAUUGAGAAAAUUUGUCCAGCUUCUGAAGAGCAAGAACACUAUAUGGAACAUCACAUAAGCACUGGAUCAUCAUAUAUGAUGCAGAUGGUCCUGCAUUAUGAGGGCGAUCUGAACCAGAACUUCCUUCUUCGAGUCCUGAGCGCAAUGCGUUUCAAGAAUCACGUUUUGCGUACAAGACUGGUUAAACAUGAAGGCCACGUCUACCAGGUUGUUCUGAGAGAUCCUAUCGUAUUUCAACAAACAGGGGUCGAUCUUCACGGCUUUCUAGCACAGAACUCUCGGACGCGUAUGGACUACGGCACUCCACUGUCUCGAUACGCCUUCGUUCGGGAGCCUCAUGGUGAAGCCUUCUUUGUUUGGACGGAUCUACUGGCCUACUCCAAACUCCCUCCGCGCCCGCCUUAUGGAAAGUACGCAAUAUGGCUUGCAUCGUGCGUCUAUGAAGUGGGACUUACAUUCUGGCUCACUCGUCAUACGACCUUUGAUAACCUCGUGCACAAGUUUCCAGUGCUUGGACCGGGAGGCACUCCCUCGGCAUCUACGAUGAAGACCAAGAAGCUGCUGCAUCUGCCAAAGGUGGAAAACCCAAGGUUCAACUUGCCUACCAUGGGACAUGCUGCCUGGGCUCUCACCAUAGCAAAGUUCCUGACACGGGAAUACCCUCCGCUCGUAAACGAGGAUAUCUCGUUUAUCUCUAUGAGCUCGGCUCGUGAAAGUGACCUCCCUGGAAUCAAGCGCACAAUGGGUCCUAUCAGCGCUCGGGUACCAUUACUUAUUCGCUUCUUGCCGGAUCUGUCAAUCGAGAACCUCAUGCGUGACAUCGAGACCCAAUUGUCGUCAAUGAUUGGCUUCGAACAUUGCGCCAUGAAAGUAUUGAGUAGGGAAGCCGGUUUCCAGAAUAUGCUCAAGCAAGCGGUCUUCAGUUGGAAUCCGCCUGACUGCGAUUUGUCAUGUAAGAGAAUCAUCUGUUACGAUAAGGAAGCAGCACCAGCAGUUCUGGAUUACAGAGAAGAUCUGUCCGUUCCUUUCGCUCAUGACUAUGGUCUGAUGUUCGAGGUGUACGAACAUGGCGAGCAUAUCAGCAUCCACGCAACCUGGGACCAAAAUCUCGUCUCGGGAGAUCUCAUAAGCCGGCUACUUGAGGAUUUCGGAAGUUUUCUCGCGUUGAUCAUCAAGACGCGAGGUGCGACAGUGGUGGAGCUACUUUCUGUAAACAGGGUGUGUCAAUCUGGGCGGACGGCUACCUUUGAUCCCCACUUCCACCUGAACACCCUUUUGAUGUGA